AUGGUCAUUACUCGAAGUAAAACACAAGAAGAGAGAAAAUCAUCAACCAAAAGACGACUUCUUGAUGAUGAAGACAAUCUUUUCUUUGAUGAGGAAAGUAGUGAUGAAGAAGAUCAAUCUCGCCCUCUUUCUCGGAACCUCAGAAGUAACAAGAAGACUGAAAAACCUCCCCGAGUGGAUCCGAAAAGAAGAACAAGACGAAUCAAAAAGGCUUACAAGGAUCAAGAUGAUGAAACGGAAGAACUUUCUUCGUCGGACGAUCAUGACGAUAUGAAUUUGUCGUUUGAUGAAGAAGAAAGUGCUCCUCCUCGCAUCAACACUGAGGAUCAUGAUGAACAUGAUCAAUCAAAGACCUUUUCUGAACUACCACCACAACAACAAGAAAUGAAUAAGCCAAAAACUCGAUCCUCCGCAAGGCGUGAACAACAAAAGCAAUCUUUGCCACUUCCUCCUCAACAAGCCUCACCAAUCGUCAUUUCUUCUUCAUCUUCAGAGACAGAAUCUCCUGGAGGUCCCUUGAAUCGCAAAAAAAGAAAAAAUUCAAUCCUCUCAAUGUUUUUUCAAUAA